AUGUCCUCCCUCAGUACGAUGUACUCCUCCUACGAGAAACGUACCUUAGCCGCCAUCGCUCAGUACAAUAGCGAAGCUUCCGAGUUCGCCUGGGUAGACGGCCAAGAAAGACGCGAGAAACAGCAAGCCUACCUCCAUCACCUGGAGAUGCAAGCUCGAGCAAUGAACGCCUAUGCGGACCGCCUCGAGACUGAGGGUUUGGCGAUGAUCAUGCCUGCUCCCGGCGCGACGAAGCGCUUUUACGAUGAUGUGUUGGAUGGCUCGCAAAUUGCCUUGAAUGACCCGCCAACGAAACGCAGCAAGCUGGAGUAA